GCGCUGGAGUCCAAAGGGCGUCGUUGGGGCGCCGCUUGUCUAUAAAUAUGAGGCUCCUCGUCUCCAAUCCCUGCGUCCGACCCAAGGCCAGAAUCCUAGCAGCAGGGAAGCUAGUGUUUCUUUCUUUGGUUGCUUUCUUCUUCUCUUGCUCUAAAGAUGGCCAACUCGGACACCUUCCUUUUCACCUCUGAAUCUGUGAAUGAGGGACACCCUGACAAGCUCUGCGACCAGAUCUCGGAUGCUGUGCUUGAUGCCUGCCUAGAACAGGACCCUGACAGCAAGGUUGCUUGUGAAACCUGCACCAAGACCAACAUGGUCAUGGUCUUUGGGGAGAUCACUACCAAGGCCAAUGUCGACUAUGAGAAAAUAGUCCGUGACACCUGCCGGGCGAUUGGAUUCAUAUCCAAUGAUGUUGGACUUGAUGCCGAUCACUGCAAGGUGCUUGUCAACAUUGAGCAGCAGUCUCCUGACAUUGCCCAGGGUGUUCAUGGCCAUUUCACGAAGCGCCCUGAGGAGAUUGGUGCUGGUGACCAGGGUCACAUGUUUGGUUAUGCAACUGAUGAGACAACAGAAUUGAUGCCCCUCAGCCACGUCCUUGCGACGAAGCUGGGUGCUCGCCUCACUGAGGUCCGUAAGAAUGGCACCUGCCCCUGGCUGAGGCCUGAUGGCAAGACCCAGGUGACUGUUGAGUACCGCAAUGACCACGGUGCUAUGAUCCCCAUCCGAGUCCACACUGUCCUCAUCUCGACCCAGCAUGAUGAGACUGUUACCAAUGAUGAGAUUGCUGCUGACCUCAAGGAGCAUGUCAUCAAGCCUGUCAUCCCUGAGCAAUACCUUGAUGAGAAGACCAUCUUCCACCUCAACCCAUCUGGCCGUUUUGUCAUCGGUGGACCACAUGGUGAUGCAGGGCUCACUGGCCGCAAGAUCAUUAUUGAUACUUAUGGUGGCUGGGGAGCCCAUGGUGGUGGCGCCUUCUCUGGCAAGGAUCCCACUAAGGUUGACAGGAGUGGUGCCUAUAUUGCGAGGCAGGCAGCCAAGAGCAUUGUUGCCAAUGGGCUUGCUCGACGCUGCAUUGUGCAGGUAUCUUAUGCCAUUGGUGUGCCAGAGCCUCUCUCAGUGUUUGUGGAUACCUGUGGCACAGGCAAGAUUCCGGAUAAGGAGAUCUUGAAGAUUGUGAAGGAGAACUUCGAUUUUAGGCCUGGGAUGAUCAUCAUCGACCUUGACUUGAAGAGGGGUGGCAGCGGGAGGUUCUUGAAGACAGCUGCUUAUGGGCAUUUUGGUAGGGAUGACCCCGACUUCACCUGGGAGGUGGUGAAGCCCCUCAAGUUGGAGAAACCCACUGCCUAGAUCAGACCAGUAUAUAGAUACAUAUCUGUGUCUACGUGGUUACAAUAAUCACAUUGUGUCUGCUGCUGCCAUCUCUCCUCUGGUCCCAAAUGGUUCUUGAUUUUAGUCAUCCCUUUUUGUUUGAUUUACCUCACCCAUUUAUUAUGUUUCGCAACAUCUUUGUUGUUUGGUCUCAAGCUUGCUUACAGAAGAGAAAAGAUGUAUUACAUUGUGGAGGGGAAUACCCCUGAGCUGUUUGGAGACAUGUAAUGGCAAAGUAUUAAGUUAAAAAGAAACUAUUCCUCUUUUCUCAUA